AUUUCUCUUAGCUCCUCGACUCCCACCAGGACCUCGCCCACCACAAUGCGUGUCACAGCUAUUCUUCCCUUUCUGGCGCUAGCCUUCCACCCGCUCACAGCAUUCGCUCAAGGAGGUGCUGUAGGCGAUAUCGUAGAGGAAGUUGAUGCAACACUUGCGCUCAGAGCAGAAUCGAGCUGCGACCCCGACGACCUGUACUGCUGCAUCUACGACGGCCCUGGCACCGAUUAUUAUACCAAGGUGCAGGAAUACACCGACCCGGGCGCUGGCGUCGGAUCCAACUGUGACCUCCCUGAUGAAGAAACGGGCCAAUGCAACUCUAAGGCACGCACACUUGUCUGCUGUCUGGACAGCUUUGGGCAAGAUAAAAUCGAUUGCACGCAGCAGUGAGUGAUGCGAGCAGGCAAUCUGUGGUCGUUGGACCAGAAAUAUGGAAAUCAGUGGAAGCCCGGAGUUUUGUUGUAAUAGUGAAUUAAUGGGCGAGUCGACAUGAUCGCAGCAUGUUGGAUGUAGAGAACUGUAAUAAUU